AGUUGUUUACCGAAACAGCUGACGGUUGAAAACAUUUAUUUCGUGAUUAUUGUUUAUAUUGCUGAACUAAAAUGGAGGAGAAGUCGGAUCAGGAAAAGCUUUACGAGGAAGCCUACAAGAAGGUUAAAUUGGGCGAGGAACUGAAAAAGGCGCUUAUAGACUUCGAAGAGCUUCCGGGAGUCAGCAAAGUGCAGAGAAAAAUUCAACAGGAACUAAAGUUUCUAAAUAAGGUGGUUACCACAAAGACCGUUAAGGAACACCACAUCACCAGCAGUAACUUCGUCUACUACGAUUUCCUGAUCAAAACUCUGCGCUUGCAACAAGGAGUGGUCGAUAUUAAUGCCGUUUUCCGGUUGGAAUCUAGAGACAAUCCUCUGAGGGUCGAUAUAGUGGCCAAUAAUGGUCUGAAAUGGGUAAAGGUGAUAGCCAGGAACUCGAAAUCCGUGGAGGAUGCCGCCAGGGGAUGUGUGAGCAUCGGAGCCCGGAGUGUUUUGGACCAGGCGGAGGAUUACCUGGAGGCCAGUGAACUUAGUUUCUGCAUGUUCCAGAGGCCCAAGAUAGUAUUUUACUUCUCCAACAAAAUAGAGGACUCUUUGCAUGAGGAACUCCUGGAAAUGGGGGUGCAAACAGCUUCCUUGGACUCACCCGACAGUGAUUUGGAUCAGUAUGACACCACCUCGAACGAAUUGAAUCUGGAUGUGACCACUUUACUGGCCUAUGUAAGUGCCCUGACCAAUGGGUCGGCCAAUUGGGUCUACAAGGAGCCCCUCCUCACUGAACAAGCAGAAAGGGAAAGAGCCUCGCCGCUAAAGCCGCUUCUGGAGAAAAUCCUUGAGGGAAAGACCCUGGUCUGCUGCCAAUUAGCCUACGAUGCCUUCCAAAGUAUUUUAGAUAUUGUCGGCGGCGAGGGCGAGAGAAAACGCGCCGAUGAACUGAUGAAAAGGGUCACCGUGUUUCCGGAUGUUGAAACCAUACCCGAGGAAUUCUCCCACAUACGUUUCACUGCCAAUGUGAACGAGCGAAGUCUGAAAAUAUUUAGUUUCGGCAUGGCCAGACAAAUUUUUACCGUGACUUCGAAUAAGGCCUUUGUAAGAUCAGCUAAAAUGCAGGGUAUCAACGUGCCUGUGUUUGUCCACGCUUCUGUCGCCCUAACUGAGGGUAAACAGGCCACAGGAAGACCCCUUUAAAGGGCAUAGGUGUUGACUAUUUCAAUAUAUUUUAUAUGAUUUUCAUUUUACAAAAAUGUCUAUUAAAAUAAAUGUUACAUUAAAUUUGAA